UGCUCUGCUCUUCUUGAAAACAUGUCGCCCAUGAAGCUGUGUGUUCCAGGUGAUAGGCUAUGCAGCACAGAGGACUGUAUGCCUGGUACUGGGGUGUACCUACGACACGGCUACAUCUACUCCUCGCUAGCAGGCUACGUACUCAGGAAGAACGAAGGAGAGGAGCUACCAGUCAUCUCUGUGGUAAGAGAAACAGAGGCCCAGCUACUGCCAGAUGUAGGAGCCAUAGUCACCUGUAAGGUGACCAGUAUCAACCCCAGGUUUGCCAAGGUCCACAUCCUCUACGUUGGUUCCACGCCACUGAAGGACCGCUUUAGAGGAACCAUCAGGAAAGAAGAUGUACGAGCAACAGAAAAAGACAGGGUGGAGACGUAUAAAAGCUUCCGUCCUGGAGACAUCGUCCUGGCUAAAGUCAUCUCCCUGGGAGACGUCCAGUCCAACUACCUGUUGACCACAGCCGAGAACGAGCUGGGGGUGGUGGUAGCCCACAGUGAAGCAGGAGCCCAGAUGGUGCCUAUCAGCUGGUGUGAGAUGCAGUGCCCGCGGACGCAUGCCAAAGAGUUCCGCAAGGUGGCCAGGGUGCAACCCGAGUACCUGCAGGCGUGAGCAGGGUCCCCUCACCUCUCCAGUCCCCCCGGGCAGGGGCCCCCUUUCCCUUCCUCAUGGAACACACAGCUUCCCUCCUCCCUCCCUCUCUCUCUGACAGAGAGACAAACACACUCACUCACACUUGGAAUCUCAACGAUGCAUUGUGAGUACAAAGGACCAAAAUAUUGUACAGGUCAUGUACAGAUGCUUGGACACGAGUACACGGGUCAUUGACCUGACGCAUACACGCAGCAAACAGCCUUCUGUUCAGGGAGGGAUACUUCAACAGACACACACACACACACACACACACACACACACACACACACAGAGCCUUAUGUUCAGGGGGGGAUUCCUCCCUCUAUGACCUACAGCAAGGCAGCAUUUUCCCCCUCUUGGUUCUGGAGGGGUACAGUAGAGGUGCAGGAUUUUGUUCCAGCCCAGCACUAGGACGGACACCUGAUUCAACUGAUCACUGGGGCCUUGAUUGGCUGAAUCAGUCUCGUUAGUGCUGGGCUGGAACAAAAGCCUGCCCUCCCUGUAGCCCUUCAGAACCAGGAAUGAAUAAAUAACCCUGAUCUGGGUUACCUUCUGAUCCGAUACCCUUGUCCCUGAAGUGUGCACUCCUGUAUCCCCCAUGGAUUUACUAGCAUAUUUCAUAUACCUUUCCUUUUAAAUCCAUGAGGGGUAGUGAAUGAGUGCACACUUUGGGGGGGGGGAAGGGUAUAGAAU